AUGGCCCUGAACUGCGCUCUUGCAGCAAGUCCUAGCGAGGAGCGGUUGAUGCGAGAGCUUCGGGAAGAGAACGAGAAGCUCAAGAAGAUUUUCCAAGACAUGGCAGGCCUUAUGUUGUUUGAGGUCAACCUCAAUGAGGUGCGGGGCCGAGUGGGAGGCGAGGACUCCGAUAGCGACUCGGAUUCGGACAGUGAUUCCGACAGCGAUGACAGCGAAGGGUCGGCAGAAGACGUAGCACAGGCGGAGGAGUCGCCGCCUAACAUCGAGCUUGGGGAAGGCGUUGCCAGGAACCAUGCCGUUGUCUUUACCGAAGGGGACAAGUGCAUCCUGUUCCCCUCUUGCGAGCGCGGUGCCACGGACACUUUUGUCAAUGGCAGGAGCCUCCAAGACGUACUGAGUGAUCUAGGUGUGGAGGAGGAGGCUCAGAUCUGCAGGCAGAGCGAGAAGCCCCAGGUCUCGGGCUACGAGCUCCAGCACGGCGACCGCAUCAUCUUCGGCAGGCACUACUUUGUCUUUGUGAUACCCAGCGAGAUGUCACCGGAUCUAUACAUCGCCAGCGGAAAGGUGGACUAUGCGGAGGCCCGGAAUGAGUGGCAGGUCGAGCAACGCUCGACGAUGCAGCGUCGCUUCAGUGGCAUCCACGCGUCGAUUUUUGGAGGAAGCUUGAUGCCCGGAAUGGGCAGUUCGGGAGCUGCCCUUCAGCUUGCGGAGAAGGACGAUGUCAUUGAGGCGCAGAAGGCGGAGAUCAGCGAGCUGAAGCAGCAGCUGGCUGCAGCCAAGGCUGAGGUUCUCCAGCUUCGGCAGCUGGCAGGAAACACCCUCGCGUCUUCGACCAUCGCGCAGAUCUUGACGAAAGACUACCACAUCCAGGAAGUCCAGGCGGGCGACGCCAAGACCGAUCGGAUCUCGACAUCGAUCAAGAAGACCUUUACCGAGUCCAUCGACAAGAUGAUGGCUGUGGAGGCGCUGCUUGCACGCAAGUCGCGACGCCCCGUUGCCCAACAAGGUGACGCUGUGACGAAGACCCCGUCAAUCCUAAGGCGCAUGGGCUCCGACUCUCUGCGGAAAGGGCUGCGGGUGAGUCUCGGAUCCAACGCGGAAUCUGAAGCAGCCUGA